CUCUCUUCAAAUUCCUGUUAUCGAUGAGGCUAUGCAUGAAUAAACCCAUCUUCACGUGUUCAUUAUAUGCAUGACUGUACCCAUUUCACAUGUAAUCAAUGGCUGAAAAGCUCAGCUAAUGGGCUUGCUUGUUGAUAUCCAUUGAAGCUAACUCAGACUAGCUCACUUAAUGGACUUGGGUUUCCUUUUCUUGGUCUCCUUUCUCUUCCUUGGUUCUCAAUUUUCAAUCUUUAAUCAAAGCGAGGGGGACUGAUUUUUCCCAUUUCCUUUCAAUUGUGAGUUUGAAUUCGUAAUGAUUAAACUAGAGCCUGCCGGCUACCCAUAGGUGCAGCUUUGAGAGAGUGGUGAAGGAUGGCACUGGAGCCAUUGGCCUGGUAUUGUAGACCAGCCAGAAAUGGGGUUUGGGCAAAAGAAGCGGAUAGUGCAUUUGGUGCUUACACCCCCUGCGCCAUUGAUUCUCUAGUGAUCUGCAUUUCUCAUUUAGUUCUUUUGGGCUUGUGCUUUUAUCGGAUAUGGCUGAUUAAGAAGAAUUCAAAAGCUGAAAAGUAUUGCCUAAGGACAAAUUACUACAAUUACAUGUUGGCGUUGUUGGCUGGCCUUUGCACAGCUGAACCUCUAUUCAGGUUGGUGAUGGGUAUCUCCAUUUUUAACCUGGAUGGCCAGAUUAGUCUUGCUCCUUUUGAGAUUGUAUCCCUGUUCAUUGAGGCCUUUGCCUGGUUUUCCAUGCUUCUUAUGGUUGGUUUGGAAACUAAAAUUUAUAUCCGGCAGUUUCGGUGGUAUGUGCGAUUUGGAGUUAUUUAUUUGUUGGUGGGGGAAGCUGCAAUGCUUAAUAUAAUCUUUUCUAUGAGUGAUUACUAUAGCAGAUUUGUAUUGUAUACGCACAUCAGUGCUGUUUUCUGCCAGGUUUUGUUCGGUCUUCUUCUUCUUGUUUACAUUCCCAAUUUGGAUCCUUAUCCGGGCUACACCAUUCUGCAACCUGACUGUCCUGAAAAUGGUGAAUAUGAAGUGCUUCCUGGAGCAGAGCAAACAUGUCCUGAGAGGCAUGUCAACUUACUUUCCAGAAUAUAUUUUGGAUGGAUGACUCCACUCAUGCAGCAAGGCUACAGAAAACCUAUCACUGAAAAUGAUGUUUGGAAGUUGGACACAUGGGAUCAGACUGAGACAUUGAUUAAAAAUUUCCAAAAAUGUUGGGUUGAAGAAUCUCAAAAGCCAAAGCCAAGGCUUUUAAGAGCAUUGAACAAUAGUCUUGGAAAAAGGUUUUGGUUGGGAGGGGUUUUUAAGAUUGGAAAUGAUCUUUCUCAGUUUGUGGGACCUGUUUUGCUGAACCAUCUCUUAAAGUCAAUGCAAAGAGGUGAUCCAGCCUGGAUUGGCUAUGUUUAUGCUUUCUCAAUUUUACUUGGAGUGUCAAUAGGUGUGCUCUGUGAAUCUCAAUACUUUCAGAAUGUUAUGCGUGUUGGUUUUCGGCUGAGAUCAACUUUGGUGGCUGCCAUAUUUCGUAAAUCCUUGAGACUAACUCAUGAAAGCCGCAAGAACUUUCCAUCUGGAAAAAUAACAAAUAUGAUCACUACAGAUGCCAAUGCACUUCAACAAAUAUGCCAACAACUACAUGGUUUAUGGUCGGCCCCAUUUCGCAUCACCUUGUCUAUGGUUCUCCUCUACCAGCAACUAGGUGUUGCUUCACUUCUUGGAUCACUAAUCCUUGUUCUCAUGGUCCCCGUACAGACAUUCGUGAUAAGCAAAAUGAGAAAACUAACUAAAGAAGGACUGCAGAGAACUGACAAGAGAGUCAGCCUCAUGAAUGAAAUCUUGGCUGCCAUGGACACUGUGAAAUGUUAUGCAUGGGAGAAGAGUUUCCAGUCCAAAGUUCAAAGUAUACGCAAUGAUGAGCUGUCAUGGUUCCGCAAUGCGCAAUUACUAUCUGCUUUCAACAGUUUCAUACUGAACAGUAUCCCAGUUGUUGUGACAUUGGUUUCAUUUGGGACAUUCACUUUGCUUGGUGGAGAUUUGACACCUGCAAGGGCAUUCACAUCACUUUCUUUAUUUCAAGUGUUACGAUUUCCACUUAACAUGCUUCCCAACUUGCUAAGUCAGGUUGUAAAUGCAAAUAUUUCUUUGCAACGCCUAGAGGAACUAUUUUUAGCUGAGGAGAGAAUUCUAGUACCAAAUCCACCUCUUGAGCCAGGACUUCCAGCCAUCUCAAUAAAGGAUGGAUGCUUUUCAUGGGAUUCAAAGGCUGAGAAGCCUACAUUGUCAAAUAUCAAUUUGGAUAUACCAGUUGGGAGCUUAGUUGCAAUUGUUGGUGGGACCGGAGAAGGAAAGACAUCACUCAUAUCAGCAAUGCUUGGGGAGCUGCCUUCUUUGGCAAACACCAGUGUCAUUGUUAGAGGAACUGUAGCCUAUGUUCCUCAAGUUUCAUGGAUCUUCAAUGCAACUGUGCGUGACAACAUACUAUUUGGAUCUGAGUUUCAACCCACAAGAUAUUGGCAAGCUAUUGAUGUAACAGCAUUACAUCAUGAUCUUGACUUACUUCCAGGCCGUGACCUCACAGAGAUAGGUGAAAGAGGUGUCAACAUUAGUGGUGGGCAAAAGCAAAGAGUUUCCAUGGCUAGGGCUGUCUACUCAAAUUCAGAUGUAUACAUAUUUGAUGACCCUUUAAGUGCUCUAGAUGCUCAUGUUGGUCGGAAGGUUUUUAACAGCUGUAUCAAGGAAGCAUUGCGAGGAAAAACUAGAGUCCUUGUUACGAACCAGCUACAUUUUCUUCCACAGGUGGAUAGGAUUAUUCUGGUCAGUGAGGGUACAAUUAAAGAGGAAGGAACCUUUGAGGAACUCUCUAAGAGUGGCAAGUUGUUCCAAAAGUUGAUGGAAAAUGCUGGGAAAAUGGAAGAAAUGGAACAAGCAGCAGAAGGAAAAGAAGACAGCACACGUCUUGACCUGAAAAAUUCACAACCAGCAACUGAUGAGCUGAAUGAAUUUUCACAAAAUGGAGGAUACACAAAAAAAGGGAAAGGAAGGAAGUCUGUGCUUGUCAAGCAAGAAGAAAGAGAAACAGGUGUUGUAAGUUGGAAGGUUUUGAUGAGGUAUAAUAAUUCAUUAGGAGGAACGUGGGUGGUUAUGAUAUUAUUUGUAUUCUAUUUAUCAACUGAAGUUCUUCGAGUUUCAAGUAGUUCAUGGCUAAGCUUUUGGACAGAUCAAAGCACUACAGAAGGUUACAGGCCAGGAUUCUACAUUUUCGUUUAUGCACUUCUAUCACUUGGUCAGGUAACAGUGACACUGCUAAACUCUUUUUGGUUGAUCAGUUCAAGUCUUCGUGCAGCCAAAAGACUGCAUGAUUCCAUGCUAGAUUCAAUCCUACGAGCUCCUAUGCUAUUCUUCCACACUAACCCAACAGGAAGGAUAAUCAAUAGGUUUGCCAAAGAUCUAGGUGAAAUAGAUCGCAAUGUUGCCGGUUUUGCAAAUAUGUUUCUGAACCAAGUCUGGCAGCUGCUUUCCACAUUCGUGCUGAUUGGCAUCGUGAGCACAAUAUCCCUGUGGGCGAUAAUGCCACUUCUCAUCUUAUUUUAUGCAGCCUAUCUAUACUACCAGACUACGUCUCGUGAAGUGAAACGUUUGGAUUCCAUCACUAGAUCUCCGGUUUAUGCACAAUUUGGAGAAGCAUUAAAUGGCUUAUCGAGUAUCCGUGCAUACAAAGCAUAUGAUCGAAUGGCCAACAUCAGUGGGAAGUCUAUGGACAAUAACAUCAGAUUCACACUUGUGAAUAUCAGUUCAAAUCGUUGGCUCACCAUAAGAUUGGAAUCAUUAGGAGGGAUAAUGAUUUGGUUGACUGCAACAUUUGCAGUAUUGCAGAAUAGCAGAACAGAUAACCAGGUGGCCUUUGCAUCUACUAUGGGUCUACUUCUCAGUUACACCCUGAAUAUUACCAAUCUAUUGAGUGGUGUUCUUAGACAAGCAAGUCGCGCAGAAAAUAGUUUCAAUUCCGUUGAGCGUGUUGGGACUUAUAUAGACUUGCCUUCUGAAGCACCAACUAUAAUUGAGAGUAAUCGUCCUCCAUCAGCAUGGCCUGCUUCAGGAUCAAUUAAGUUUAGGGAUAUUGUUUUGCGUUAUAGACCUGAACUUCCUCCAGUCUUGCAUGGAUUGUCCUUCGCAGUUUCACCAAGUGAGAAGCUAGGAAUAGUGGGAAGAACUGGAGCAGGGAAAUCUAGCAUGUUCAAUGCAUUGUUCCGGAUUGUCGAACUGGAAAGAGGAGAAAUCAUCAUUGAUGGAUGUGAUGUUUCUAAGUUUGGACUGACAGAUUUGAGGAAAGCCCUUAGUAUCAUACCACAAUCUCCAGUUCUUUUUUCAGGAACUGUGAGGUUUAAUCUUGAUCCAUUUAGCGAACACAAUGAUGCGGACUUGUGGGAGGCUUUAGAGAGGGCACAUCUAAAGGAAGUCAUCAGGAAGAAUCCUUUUGGUCUAGAUGCUGAGGUUGCUGAGGGAGGGGAGAAUUUCAGCGUCGGACAGAGGCAACUAUUAAGUCUUGCACGAGCAUUGCUACGUAGGUCAAAGAUUCUUGUUCUUGAUGAAGCAACUGCUGCUGUUGAUGUCAGAACUGAUGCUCUUAUACAGAAAACCAUAAGAGAAGAAUUUAAAUCCUGCACAAUGCUUGUUAUCGCACAUAGACUAAACACCAUAAUUGAUUGUGACAGAAUUCUAGUGCUUGAUGCUGGUCAGGUUUUGGAACAUGCUACUCCAGAGGAGCUGCUACAAAAUGAAGGAAGUGCAUUCUCUAGGAUGGUUCAAAGUACAGGACCUGCAAAUGCUCAGUAUUUACGUAGCUUAGUAUUUGAGGCGAAAGAAAAGUUAAAUGGAGAAGUAAUCAACAGACUGAACCACCAGAGAAGAUGGGUAGCCUCGUCAAGAUGGGCUGCUGCUGCCCAGUUUGCCCUUGCAGUCAGCCUAUCGCAGAAUGAUCUUCAAAGUUUAGUUAGUGCAGAAGAGAACAAUAUACUCAAUAAAACAAAAGAUGCAGUGAUAACAUUGCAGCAAGUCCUGGAGGGAAAGCACAAUGAAGAAAUAGAUGAUACGCUACAACAAUACCAAGUACCCAGAGAAAGAUGGUGGUUGUCCUUGCACAGAAUAAUUGAAGGUCUCAGUAUUAUGAGCCGGUUGGCCUACAACAGGCUGCAGGAGUUAGAAUUUGACCAUGAAAAUGAAUCCCUUGAUUGGGACAAUAUUGGAAGUUAGGGAACAAUGGAAAACAUCAAGCAAAUGCUGGAUAAGGUGAAAAGUUGGAAGUGUAGAUAAGAUGAAACAAUUGAAAGUAGAGAAUAGAUCUUGGAAUUUAGUUUGCAGGUAUACUCAUUUGCAUGUAGUAAUCUGAUUUUUAUAGUUAGGAGACAGUUUAGGAAUGUAGCUUCAAUUAUGUUAUUUGCAGAGGGAAUAAUAUGAUGAAGAAUCAUUCUGAUCAUCCAAUAUAAUCAAUUAGAGUUGAUAAAUAAUAGCUUUUUUUUCAUGUUACAACA